CGUGCUGGGCUGCCAAGAAGCGUCACUGUUUUGGUUUUAGGGUAUUUUUCUGGAGGGAAAAAGUGAAAAGGAAAUACGGUUUGUUUUUUUAAGUUGACAGCUUUCUUGGGAAAAAAAAAAGAUUUAGUGUGAAUGAGUGAAAUAGUGUAAAUUGCAGGGAGGCCAGACUUCUGGCAGGUUUACUAGCUCCCGAAACUCUAAGAAGGAAGUAUUAUUACUUCCAUUAUCUAUUUAGGGAAAGCCAGGCCAAGAGAAACUUCUUUGUCAACUGGAUAACACCACCUAGCUUCAAGACACAAAAACAUCACAGUUAGGUACUAUGACCAGAAAGCUGCACAGAACGAGUAAAGAGGCCUGGCAGAUUACAAAAGAGAGAGGAAUAGAUGUGUUCAGAGAUUUAGAAGAAUGGAGAGAAACUGUGUAUGGGACCACAAAGCAAGUUUUGGAAUCAUGAAUGUGAAUUUGAAUGAAUUUGAAACCAAUUCAGAGAAUACUGUACGCGGCACAGAGGAACAAGACAAUGCCAUCUGGAGGAGGUACAAUGAGAGAAGCAGCCUCGUACGGCAGUACCUGCAAUCCGACCUGAGCCUCCACCUCCUUGAGACGCAUCAGAAGAGAGUAGAGCUUCUGAAGAAGUGUUGCUAUUACAUUGAGGUUCUGCCCACGUUUUUGAUCCUGAGAGACCAGAAUCUCUUGGCGCUUCCUACCAGCAUCUUCCAAGUAAUUGACCCCUGGAAAUUCCUGAGGGUGAAGAAACUGGGAAGAUCCCAGACUGAAAUCCACCUGCAGCUUUUAACCCACCUGUUAGAAGAGCUGCAACAAGGUCGGGAGGAGCUGGUCUGCUAUGUAGAGACGUGUGACAUGGUAACUUUCCUCUCCAAGUGGGACUUAAUUGAGCAGAGAAUGUCAGACCUCUCCAAGACAAUGAACGAUUUCCUUUCCAUUCAAGUGUCAAGAAGACUCUACACCAAGCACCGUUUGGUGUCAUGUGCAGAUAUUAGAGGUAGCAAAAUACCAGACAUUAGGCUUUUUCUCUGUGCAAAGAUGCCAGUUAUGUUUGAUCGAAACGAAUCAUUUGCACACAAGAACUGGGCCCAUCUCAAAUGGUCUACCGAAAAUCAAGAGUCACCCCAUGAGCAAUAUGAACUACAUUUUAAGUUACUGAAGCGUGGAACUCAGGCAGAAUUUGGACACUGUGGGCUUGUGACACGCACCACCAACACCUGUGUAGUCCAGGGCCUGCUGCCUGACCGAUCCUACGAGUUCAUGAUCAGAAGAGCAGAAAUAUACACGCUUGUCUAUGAACUGUGGCAUGACACCAUCACACUGACGACAAAAGCUAACACAGCUGAAGACAGAAGCACCUGAGAACCAAAGGAUGAGGUGGCUGACAAGAAUGUUUUCUCCUAUUUUCCAUUUGAAAAAAAGUGAACGAGAAGAAGAAUACAGAAAAAACAAAUAUUUAA